AUGAAUAAAUUUGACAAAAAAAAAAAAGAUGAGGAGAAAAACGUAACCAGCCACGUAAAAAAAUUCGUUUUUAAAAAUGAAUACAAGUACGUAGACGCAACCAACGUUUUGAAGAAUAUUUUUUUAAAAGACAAGAAAAAGGAACAGUCUUCCAAAAAAGCCACACCUGUAAAAAAAUAUGUUGUAAGUAAAAAUUUAAAUGAGUUGAUUCCUAGUAGGAAGGGCGCUAAAUCGGAUGCGCAUCAAAAGAGCGAAAAGAAAGUUAAUUACCUGAGCAAAGGUGGCAAGCAGUUAAAAAAAGAAAAGUCUGUGAGGUUUAGCCCUUCGCAUAAUUAUGACGUGGAGAAAGCGCCUUCCUACCGCAACGUCAGGGAUGAUAGUAGCCCUCCUUUGAGUUCCAUUCGAAAUGCCCCCGCAAAGGCCAGCGUGAAGGUGCCACUGCCCAGGGCGCGCAGGCGAAAAAUAUAUUCCUCCUCCGAGGGGGAGGAGGAGGAAGAAGUGGAAGAAGAAAUCGAGGUGGAGGAAGAGGAGGAAGAGGAAGAAGUGGAAGAAGAGGAAGAAGUUGAAGAAAUUGAAGUGGAGGAAGAGGUCGAAGUGGAGGAGGAAGAAGAAGUGGAGGAGGAAGAAGAAGUGGAGGAGGAAGAAGAAGUGGAGGAAGAAAUCGAGGAGGAAGAAGUGAUCGAAGAGGAAGAAAUCGAAGUGGAGGAAGAAAUCGAGGAGGAAGAAGUGAUCGAAGAGGAAGAAAUCGAAGUGGAGGAUGAGGAAGAAGUGGUCGAGGGAGACGCUGACGAGGGGGAAGAAAUGGAACAUUCAAAUGCAAUAAACGAAGACACCGUGCAAGAACGAGCCCUGAACACGUACAGUGAAAAGGAACCAAGCUCUCGAGAUGAACUGGCAGGAGGGGGAGAAGAGCAUGUGGAGAAGACGGUGAAGGGGAGAAGUAGCACGGGGGAGGAGGCCCUGGAUGACGCGGUUGACGCAGUGAGUGAUGUCGUGGUGCACAAAGUGGUCAACGAAGCAGAUGAUGACGAAGACAACGCAGAAGACGACGACCAAGUGGACGAACCGCCAACGGAUGAACCGCCAAUGGAAGAACCUCCAACGGAAGAACCUCCAACGGACGGCGAAGCCCCCGGUGAGGAGGAAGACAAUUCAGCGGGAAAAAAUUUCCUCCUUCUGAGCGGCGAAAUAAAAAAAAAGAAUGCCGAGUCCUUGCUACUUGUAAAUAAAUUCAUGGAAAGUUUGCUAAAAUAUGAUGACUUUUUCAACUAUGCCAGUAAUAGCUUAAAGAGGUACUACCUCGACAAGAGGAUCGACUCAAAUUGCAGUUUUUUAAAUCAAGUUGAAGAGAAAAGUGCAGAUGAGGAUCCUCUGAACUUAUGCACAAGGGAAGCGCUGAUAAGUAAUUUUGCCUUUCCACAUGAUGCGCAUGAUGGAGGGGGGAAUUCAAACGGGCCGACUUGCGAAGCGGACAAAUCGAAAGAAGGCACGGAGCAAAAUGCGGUGGUAGGUGGCGUAAAGAAAAGUGACGAACGAGGCGCUUUGGAUAGCGAAGGGGGUGCCGUGAAAGACGAGGCGGUGGAAGGUGAAGCGGGCAAAGAGGUGGCAGCUGUUGAAGAGGUGGAAGCAGUCGAAGAGGUGGAAGCAGUCGAAGAGGUGGAAGCAGUCGAAGAGGUGGAAGCAGUCGAAGAGGUGGAAGCAGUCGAAGAGGUGGCAGCAGUUGAAAAGGUGGCAGAAGUCGAAGAGGUGGCAGCAGUUGAAGCGGUGGCAGCAGUUGAAGCGGUGGCAGCAGUUGAAGCGGUGGCAGCAGUUGAAGCGGUGGCAGCAGUUGAAGCGGUGGCAGAAGUUGAAGCGGUUGCAGCUGUCGAAGAGGUCGACGCAGCCGAAGAAACCCAAGUGGCCCAAGAUAACGAACAGAAUGUAGAGCUACGAAGGGAGAACUCAGCCGAAAUAAAAGAAGAAAAUAAAAACCCAAAUAAUGUCGAUGAUGAACAGCACAGCAAAAUUGUUGAAAAUACCUUCGAGGGAAAAGAACAAAUUGGGGAUGGAAGUGACAAGGGAAGGGGAGGUUUAGUCAGUAUGCGGAAAGAGGAUGAAGAGGAAGGGGGCAGAAGUGGCGAAGAGGAAAGUGGAGAGAGCGAAAGUGGUGAAAGCGAAAGUGGAGAGAGCGAAAGUGAAGAGAGCGAAAGUGAAGAUGGCAAAGGUGAAGAUGGCAAGGAAAAUAAAAAAGCUGAAACGUUGGGAGGGGAGAGUAAAAUUAAAAAUGAUGAACAAAGUGACGAAGAUAGCGAUGAAGAUAGCGACGAAGGAAGCGAUGACGGAAGCGAUGAAGGGAGCGACGAAGACAGCGGUGAAGACACCCCCGCACUCGAAAGUAACGUGGACAAGAACGAAACGAAGCAGAUAGGUAACCCAAGAGGAAGUGACCAAAGUGAAGAUGCACAUAGCAAGAGUGAGGAGGAAGGGAAAAAAGGCACUUCCGAAAGUGACGCAGCAGAAAGUGAAAGUGACACCGGGGGAAGUGACAGCUCAAGUAGUGGGGACUCUGGCGAGGAUAGCAAAGGAGAAGAUGACGACGUUAAGGAUGAGGAUAAACCGAGGGACCCAAACAAAAUCGAUGGUGCCACAAGGGAAGGGGAAAAGGAAUGCAAAGCGGGAAGCAAACCUGGAAGUGACGGCAAAUCAGAAAGUGAAGGAAAAUCCGAAAGUGGGAGUGAAAGCGGAAGUGAAAGUGGGUCAGGGAGCGAGUCCGGGAGUGGAAGCGGAAGUGACACGGGAAGCGACUCUGGAAGCGACUCGGGAAGUGAAAGCGGAUCAGAGAGCGAGAGCGGCAGCGAAUCCCAAAGCGGCAGCGACCAACCCAGCUGA